UUUCGCCGUCGAGAGGAAAAAAAGAUUUUCUUUUCGUCUUCCCCCGUAGCAGCAGCGAGCCGAGCAUCCAUCCAAAUUCCCAAAAGAGGAAACUACGCUGCGCCACCGACUCUCUCGCCGCCGCACCCUCCUCCCUCCCUCCCUCGCUCGCCUCCGCCGCCGCCUCCGCUGCCUCUCCGGUGGGGGCCAUGGCGAGCGCGGCGCCGCUGCCCCCCACGCCGCCGCCAUCGCAGCAGCAGCAGCCGCAGCCGCAGGGCAAGGAGCAGCAGCAGCAGAUGGCGGUGGCGAUGAACGCGCGCCGCCUGGUGAUGAUCGGGGACCGCCUCAGGACCCACUUCCGCGGCGGCGGCGGGACCGUCCUCGAGCCGCCCGACCUCGCGCACCUCGUCUACGCCUUCGCCAGAGGGAUCGAUUUCGCUCUUUCUAGCGGCGAUGUUCCUACCGUGGCCAGUGAAAUACCCAGCAUUUUGAAGAAGGUGUAUCUGGUAGGAAAAGAUCAAUUUCUGCAAUCUUCUGUUAUGGUGCUAAUGAUAUCAUGCAAGAAUGCUUGUUCUGAAAAAUGGUUUCAACCCACAGAUUGUACUGAAAUUCUCAGGAUGGCUAAUGAGCUCUCUGGCAAAUUCUGCACGCCUGUCAGCCAGCCAGAUAAUGACAGCACUGUGAUCCAAAUUAUUUCAACAAUAAUGCCAAGGUACUAUCCUCAAUUGAAGUUUGAACGUCUAGUCACUUCGCUGGAAGCAAAGGUUGGAUAUGAUGUUUUAAUGGCCGAUUUUUUCAUCCAUAAGAAUGUGCCUCGAGAGGAAAAGAUUAAUCUAAUUGUUGUGCAAAAGGAAGACUUAAAUGCCUCAUCAUGUAUUGCAAACCCGCCACAUGUGAGCUUUUUAGUCAAUGGAAAAGGCGUGGACAAGAGGACAAAUGUUUCAAUGGAAACAGGACCCCAGUUCCCCACUGAUAUUACUAGGAUGCUCAAAUACGGGGCAAACAUCAUCCAAGCUAUAGGAUAUUUUAAUGCUAACUAUAUCAUAGCUGUUGCAUUUCUGAAUAAAUUGGAGUCCUUUGACGCUCCAAACCUAAAUGAUUAUGCACAACCAGUCGCUGCUGAUCCUCCUGAUUCUGAUUUACUCGAAGGGCCAUCUAGAGUUUCCCUGAAGUGCCCCAUAAGUUUUAGGCGCAUAAAAACUCCCAUCAAAGGGCGCCUAUGCAAACACUAUCAGUGUUUUGAUUAUGAUAAUUACAUGGAGUUGAACUUGAGGAAGCCGACUUGGCGCUGUCCAUUUUGUAAUACACCUUCAAACUUCACUGACCUACGGAUUGAUCAAAAGAUGGUCAAGAUAUUACAAGAGACUGGAGAAGAUACUAUUGAUGUCCUUGUGUUUGCUGAUGGAUCUUGGAAAGCCAUUUCAACUAAUGAUGAGAGAUCUGAUAGACAUUCCAGUGACGUCAUUCAGCAGAGUAGAGAUACUAUGGACACUGAUGCGACUGCUGAUGAUGUCAUAGAUCUGAUAAAUGAAGACAAUGAUGGUGAUGUGCCAAUGAGUUUUACCUCUGCAUCAGAAGAUGUGAAGCCUUUCUUGAAUUGUCAGGAUCUAUCUGUGGCAGACUAUCUUUCGGAUUUGCCUAUGAACACAGUUUCGCAGGCAGAAGAUCUAUAUGCAGGCGGUGCAAGCCGUGGAAACAAUGAACGUGGAAAUGCCACUUCAACUUCUGGCCAAAAUUCAUCACUGCCUUCUACUGGCGGUCUGGGCUCUAGUUCAUUCGGGACUUUGGAGUCUAUUCUGCCUCAUAACAUUCUGCACCCUGUUAUCACAGAUGCAGUCUCUCCUUCUCUUGAUACCUCUAAUUCUGUAGUUCUGAGACAGCAUGUAGCACAAGGAACACGUUCUGAUAUUGUGCCGUCGCAACCACGAAUAGAUCCACAGCUUAGAUUAGAAAUUGCAAGACCUCCUAUACCAAGGAAUGUCGCGAGAGAACCUACAGGAAUUCAGGCUCUGCCAGUGCAACCACAGAGAGUGCGACCAAAUAUCUACAAUUGUCCACCUCCUUUCCCACAAUCCAGUCCAGCUUCAGCAUAUCAAGUACAUCAGGUGACAAACGCAGAUAGUGUCAUUACUGCUAUGAGCACUGGUAUUGGAUCACUAUCAAGGGCUCCAGAUGCUGCUCCGUUAUUGCAACACCAGUCAACACAGCAGGAGAUUCGAGCCACGCAAAACUAUCAUCAAGGCCAGUUCAUUGGGCUUACUGCUCCUCAAAAUUUCAUGGGUACAAGACCGCCGCCAGGAGUCCCAGGACAGGCUAUAGGUGCUAAUGCCCAUGGAGCUCCCCCCGCACAACAGUCCCAUCACGUUCAUCGGCUAGUGAGCAAUCUAAUGAAUCAACUUGGACAAGCUACAGUGGCUCAACCUUCCACAGCUCCACAGGUCUUGCCAUCUCAACCAGGCGGCACAAGUGCAGUCAACCCGCAGAUCCGCGGUCAUCUUUUCCCUGCGCAACAACGCAGCCAAGCAAUGAGACCACAAGCAGUGCCCCGACCUACAAUUUCUCAGGCACCACCUCGUGCACAGUCUCCCUUCUUGCCAGCUACUGCUCGGCCUCCGAGCACACCUCCCCCUAUCGGAACUUCCGAUGAUCUUCAGGAGCUUCCUGUGGAUGAAAGCUGGCGUCCCACAGGGCAGAUGAGAGGGAGCCUGACUGGUGAAGCUUACAGCGUAGCGAUUGGACGCUACAACCCCAGUGUGAACAUUGCUGGUCAGCAGACAAGUCAUGUGACAAGUCAGGCUCGGCCAGCUGGUCCGGAUGCGCGCAGGUAAUGGUAAGUCAGAUAACUAUGCAUUGCUCAUCAAGAAGAUUUUGUUGGUGGCUCUGAACUCUGAAUCUGCUAAGAUAGAUGAUCUCUCUCCCUAGCUAUGUUAGAUUGUCGUUAAUCUGUUUAGCUUUAGGAGGUUGCGAGAGCCUAGUGAGGGUGCUAACGCGCUAAACUGACUUGCAAUGCUGGAACACCGUUUUGUAGCAGUUCCUGUGCUGCUCAACUUACAAGUUAGUUAUACAACCCGCGCUGCAUAUGUACAAAGCCUUAUUAUGUUGUGUAUUGCGGCUAUCUUAUUAUACUCUUUGUCUUAUUUGAUCAUUUCUGUGCUGGAUUCUGCCAUUUCCUCUCAAUACUAAAUUACUUAUUCA